AACGCGCACGCACGCGCGCGCGCGCCGCUCGCUGCCGUGAAGACUUUUUCCGCGUCUCUUCUUCUUCUUCUUCUUCUUCUUCUUCUCGUCUGACGCCGACAACGCCACAUUGGAGCUCGUUGGGAAGAUUCUCGCCACAAUUGUUUUGUUUUGAAUUGGAAAGAAAAGUGAAAAAGGGGAGGACAUUUUGGAGGACGCGCCGUUUAAGGACUUGGCACCCCCCCACCCCGGUUUAUUGACCGCACAAAUGGUCUUUCUGUGGGACGCCAAAUACGACCCCUGCCCAGGCCGGCGCUACACCCCCCCGUCCACCGCCCUCGCCUCGGGGGGCAAGAUGGCCGAGGCCCUGGGCGCCCAGGAGGCGGGGGGCGGGGCUUCCCUGGUGGGCAAGCUGCGCGUGGCCGACCGAGACGUGGUGCUGUCGGAUCAUCCGGGCGAGCUGGUCAAGACCGACAGCCCCGACUUCCUGUGCUCGGUGCUGCCCACGCACUGGAGGUGCAACAAAACCCUUCCCGUCGCCUUUAAGGUGGUGGCCCUCGGCGAGGUCCUCGACGGCACCAUGGUGACGGUGAUGGCGGGAAACGACGAGAACUACUCGGCGGAGCUCCGCAACGCCACGGCCGCCAUUAAAAACCAAGUGGCCCGUUUCAACGACCUGCGCUUCGUCGGACGCAGCGGCAGGGGCAAGAGUUUCACCCUGACCAUCACGGUGUUCACAAACCCGUCGCAGGUGGCGACGUACCAGCGAGCCAUCAAAAUCACAGUGGACGGUCCCAGAGAGCCACGACGUCAUCGCCAGAAGAUGGAUGACAUCAAGCCCGGCUCGUUGGCCUUCUCCGAGAGGCUGACGGAGCUGGAGCAGCUGAGGCGAAGCUCCAUGAGAGCGACUCCCCCGCACCAUCCUCUUCCUCAUCCGCAUCACCACCAUCACCACCACCAUCAUCAUCAUCAACAACAUCAGCCCUGUAACACGCGUCAGUCGUCGGCCGCGUUCUCCGGCCCCGCGCGCACCCAGAUGGCGACCGACGGUCGACAGUUGCAGUCAUCUCCACCGUGGUCCUACGACCAAUCCUAUCCCUACCUCGGCCAGAUCGCCACGCCCGGCAUCCACUCGACCAAUCCCCUUUCGCCGAGUCGCUCGUCGCUAGGCGACCUGACCUCGCGUCUCACAGGUCCCGACCUGACCGCAUUCGGUGACCCACGGAUGACCUUGGAGCGAUCUUUCGCCUCCGUCCCCUCCUUGCCGGACACCCGCUUCUCGGACCCGCGCGUGCAUUACCCUCCCACGGCGGCCGCCUUUACCUACACGCCCCCGCACAAUCCCCACUCCAACGGCGCCCUCGGCAUCACCAUGGCGACGGCGAUGGCGACCGCACCUGCCGGGCGGUAUCACACUUACCUCCCGCCUCCGUACCCGGCAAAUACGCAGCACCAGGGCCAAAACAGGCCCUUCCAGUCCACCUCCUCGCCGUAUCACGUGUACUACUCCGCGGCCGCUGGCUCGUACCAGUUCUCCAUGAUGGCCGGCGGCGGCGGCGACUCGCGCUCCCCGCCGAGAAUCCUUCCGCCUUGCACCAACGCCUCGACGGGCUCGCCGCUCCUGCACCCGUCGUUGCCCAAUCAGAACGAGGGCGUGGCUGUGGAGGUGGAGGCCAGCCAUAGCAGCUCCCCGGCAAACGCCGAGGCUGUGUGGAGGCCUUACUGAUGACGCACGGGAGUCCAAAAACCUUUUUCCUUUCGUGUCGUCCGCCUUUGGCGGGCAACGGGACGCUUUUAAUGGUUCAGCAAAGGUCGACGCUAUUUGUACAUUUUGAUUUUUCAACUGAUCUUCCGGGGGACUUAGACUUAUUGUUACAGCCACACUCUCUUGACUUUUCUGCAGCUUCUCCAUCUUUUCAAGGAUGGAGCUCAGAAAUCAUUUGAAUGAUUGAAACGCAUUCGUCAAUGGAGGGGUUCGUCGACAUUUUUCCCGGUGGAAAUACACGUGUGAUUUUUCCGAACGGCAACACAUUUCGUGAACGGGCGACGGGUGGGUGUCGACGUCACCUUUUCGCCGCUGCUGAAAUUUGCCAGUUGGCCUCGCUCGUGUUCUCAAGCUUCAAUUCAAUGGGCAUCAUCUUCGUCUUCUCGGCACUCACUUUCUGUGGUUGGAAUCAAGAAAUUUGGCACGAGAACACAACAGUUGCCUGCACUUUCACGUUUGACCGGCUGUUGUGAAGUUCGCUGCCGCCAUCCAGUGGCGUACGUCAGAUUUUUGCUCGCAACACAAAGCGAACCCCACCAAUCUUUACACUGGGACACUCAUAAGUCAAGGCACCACUGCGUUAUUAUUUGAUCGUUGUUGAUGUACGGCUGGGCGACACGGUGGGGGAGUGGUUAGCAUGUCUGCCUCAUAGUUCUGAGCUCGGGGGUUCAGGUCUUGUGCGGAGUUUGCAUGUUCUCUCCAUGCUUGCGGGGGUUUUUAUCCAGAUAGUCCGACUUUCUCCCACAGUCCUAAAACAUGCAUGUUCGGUUCAUUUAAAACUCUCAAGUGUGCAUAGCUCACCUGGAAAUUACUUUUUUUUAAAUUAUUAUUAUUAUUAUUAUAUUUUUUAUUAUUAUUACAAAUGUAAGUUCUGUGACAGAUUCACAUGUAGAUACCUGUAAAUAAAAGCUUAAAUGUUGA